UAAAUGAAUAGAAUGAUUGCUCCGAUCAGAAUUAUCUCGUUUAUAGUUUUAAUCUCUUCCAUUUACACGCAUGGGAAGGCAACGCGUGAAACCAUCCCGACUCUCAAGUACAUCCGGAUCGGGUCGUCCGAAGACCUGGUGCCAGCCAUGGUGGAACCGAAACGUUUCGGUGGUGAAUGGCUGGUGGUUAUGCAGCGUUAUGAUGGAACGGUGAAGUUCAAUCGUACCUGGGCAGAAUAUCGUGACGGGUUCGGGAUGAUUGGACACGAGUUUUGGUUCGGACUGGAAAAGAUGCAUCAGUUGACCAAGGAGCGCAAUCACGAGUUGAUUGUUGAGCUGGAGGACUUCAACGGGACCAGUAAGUAUGGUAGGUACGAUAACUUUGUGGUUGGACCCGGGGAAAAACGAUAUCCGUUGGAAGAAUUGGGUGCAUUCAACGGGACAAUGGGAGAUUCACUGAGUGCUCAGAAGAAGUCGGGGUUUUCAACUUUUGAUAAUGACGCUUUUGGUUGUUCAAACAAAUACGCUAAUGGAGGAUGGUGGUAUUACCAAGGAAGAUGCUACCAAUCGAGCCUCACAGGUAUUUGGAAAAAUGAACACGCUUGGUCGUCGAUUUGCUGGAUGAAGUUCUCGGAAGUAUCCCGGAAGACGCCUUUGAAGGUGGUCAGAAUGAUGAUUCGACCAAGUGAAAUUUGAUCGAAGCUGGAAUUAUCGAAGCAACGAAAAGCCUAAAAUUGAUUGCAGUUUCGGUUGUACAGUAAAAUAUAUUAUGAUAAUAUAAUAUUGUAAAUUGUCAUCCGAAAUAAAAAUUAAAGUUAUGAACAUAUCAAUUUCGAGUA